AUGGUGCCGUGUAUCUCUAGCAUGCUUAAAUUUGCCCUUUUACAAAUGCAGUUGGGUCUGGAAGGUGACACAUAUCAAGGGAACAUAAAACCUUCCCUGGAGAUCUGGACUUAUGGCUUGUUGUGGAGAACCCCCAGAACAGCAUGUGUGUGAAUCACUGUACCUAGCAAACUGCAAUGCUUGUGCAAAUGGAGCCAUCGCAACGUCGAAUUCCACCCCAGGUCACUACGUUAAAUCGCUUUAUGGGAAGCAAUUCAUAAUAAUAAUUUAUUAUUUAUACCCUGCCCAUCUGGCUGGGCUUCCCCAGCCACUCUGGGCGGCUUUCAACAAAAUAUUAAAAUACAGUAAUGCAUCAAACAUUAAAAGCUUCCCUAAACAUUGCUGCCUUCAGGUGUCUUCUAAAAGUCUGGUUGUUCUCUGACAUCUGGUGGGAGGGCGUUCCACAGGAUUCAUAAAUCAACUCUUCGCUUUUUUGCCCUCAGACCCCUCUCUCUCUCUCUCUCUGAGGACCACGUUCCCGCCACGGGUGGACUCCCUACUUGCACUGCCUUUCUUGCAAACCCCCUUUCUCCACAGGAGCCUCGCCCUUUCGCUGCACCUGCUCCCUUUCCUGGGGCUGAUUUCCCCGCCGCCACCCGCGCGCGCCCUCGCCCCUCAGAGCGCGUGGAGGCCGCGCCAUUCCGCCCUCCUGGGCCCGCCCCCUCCCGCUGGCUGCCCUCAGGUUCCGCAGGUCACUCCUCUGGACUUCGAGAGCCGGUGAAACUCCGGGCGGCGCCAAGCGAAACCCGCCUCUCCCCUGAGGAAGAAGAAGAAGAGCCGAGAGGCGGGACCCGGGCGAGUCCUACCUGCGCGCGCUCUCCUUCCCCCUCCGCCGCCCUCCUUUCUUUCUUUCUCUCUCUCCCCCCUUCUCUUUCUCACACACAAAAAGAAAACAAGGAAAUGCCGCCCUGCUGGUCUCCGGAGAGCCUCCCGGGAGGAAACAGAGGAGAGUCCUGCGCCCACUUCGAGCCCGAAUUCUCUUCCGACGUGCCUCCAGCAACGGCGCAAAGGUCCUGAGCGCCUCGGCGUGUGGGGAGGGCCUUGCAGAGGAGACUCUUGCCAGCGCAGAGGUGAGUCCCAGGGAAAUGGGAGAUAAACGCCAAACCAGUAAAUAUAGUGUGGCUUCAGAGCAGAAGGGGUGGUGGUCCCCCCAAACCUUUGCCAAUUCCCGCCCAGUUUGAGGUUCGGGGGUUUCAUGCCAGCCUCCUCCCCGCUUCUAAGGUUGCCACCUGUAUUUCAGUGUGAAAUGAUACGUCCUGCAUCGAUAACAGUAUUGUGUUUCAGUUCUGUCUCUCAAUCUCUGCCAAGUUAGGGGUCCUCUCCAAACUCAUAUAUAUAAAGGAGAUCGCUCCCAAAAUUAGUUGAGCGGGUUUUUUUGGGGGGGGGGGAUCACGGGUAAAAAUCCCCCAUAAAAGAGGACAUUAAGGGAGGCAGGUUUUUGUUUGGGGGACAGUCUUCUGCCAAGGGGAGGGUUAAUUUAGUGUUUUUAUUGCUUUUCAAUGAUUUUUGAAAAGCAGUUUUUGAAAAUACACCCAUGCCCAUCCUGUUAGGUUGCGAUAGAUUGUAAUGGAUUGCUUUGAAGUCGCUUCAGCAUCAGAUGGGAGGGGGAAUAGCCCCCCCAACCACCCCGCCCUGUCCGGUAUUUUGCCCCAGCAAAGGUAGCAGCCCUACGCACGUCAGUAGACACCUGACACCUCACUCUGCCCACACAACUGGGAUCCGUUUAAAUAUUGUGCCUCCUCCUGCUGCAACUGGGUAGAGUUUUUUUGGGGGAGUUUUGGGUAGGCUUUUGAAUUGCAGAGAAUGAGAAGGAGAGAACAGCUCCCUCCCCCCUCCCUCCCAAAAAUCUGGAUGCUUUUUUUUCCACUCUUGAAACUCAGCAAAUCCAACUUUGCAAAGACUGGAUGGGGGGGCGGGGGGGGGGGGAGAGAGUAGCCUGCAAUCCGAACUGCCAGGUGCAGGGCAGGGCAGCAUUCCUGGAGCUCUUGCGUAGAAGGAAGAAGGCAGCUUCUCCCAUCAUUGGGGAAGGGCCAUAGGUCAGUGCAGAAAAAGGUCCCAAGCUCAAUACCCAGGAAUUGAUCUUGGAGCAUCACUGCUGAUCAGCUUCGACAGAACUGACUUAGUCUUAAGCGGACCCCUGGUCUGAUUCUGUAUAAUUAGCAGCUUCCUAUUUUCUUAUCACAAUUGCACAUUUUUGAAACUGAGCCCUUGCUUAAAGCUGCUGCUCCAUAACAGAGGCCCUUGGGUGAAACCUGUCCAUCUGAGCGGUAUAAGGCAAAACAGUGACAACAGGAGUAGCUGGAAGAAGACUUCAUUGGUUGGAAUCCUGGCUCCUCCACCCAACUCCCUUCUAUCCAACUAUUCCAGGGGUCAGCAAACUUUUUCAGCAGAGGGCUGGUCCACUGUCCCUCAGACCUUGUGGGGGGAGUAUAUUUGGGGGGGGGGAAAUGAAUGAAUUCCUAUGCCCCACAAAUAACCCAGAGAUGCCUUUUUAAUAAAAGCACACAUUCUACUUAUGUAAAAACACAGAAUUUAAUUUGCCUACCCAUGAACUACCCUGAUACAGUGCACAUGCUUUUUGUUACAAAUGGAAAACCCCAAAACAAACAAUUCCUUAGUUUCUGUAGCAGCAAGCACAGCAGGCUUUAACUCCCCAUGUGAUGAUGAUGAUUAUUUAUUAUUUAUACCCCACCCAUCUGACUGGGUUGCCCCCGCCACUCUGGGCGUCUUCCAGCAUAUAUAAAAACAUAGUAAAAUAUUAAGCCUUAAAAAGCUUCCCUGUACAGGGCUGCCUUCACAUGUUUCAUAAAUGUUAUAUAAUUACUCUUCUCCUUAACAUCUGAUGGGAAGGCGUUCCACAGGGUGGGUGCCAGUACCAAGAAGGCCCUCUGCCUGGUGGAGCCCAUGAGAAAAGAGUUUUGACAACUGCAACAUUGUUAUGUAUGUCUUGUAUAUGUGAACGAGUCAUUCUACCUUGAAGACUGUAAACAGUAGCUUGUGGGACCUCAGGUACAGCCCUUUUCAACUAAAUCGCUUCACCCAUCCAACUGCAAUUUAGCUGGUGGUCAAGUUAUUGAUGUGCAUGUAUGAACCAGUCUAUAGAAGAUUUUAGCUGGCUGUGCUGAAGAAAGCAAACUGGUGGUGAGAUGUACUUUCCGGGGGUGGGGUGGGGGUACAGUAUUAAAGAAGCUGCAUUUCUGGGAAUUACCAUAUUUUUUCAUGUAUAUGACAAUGCUUUUUGCCCCCAAAAAAGAAGAAGGCAAAAAUAGGGUGUCGUCUUAUACACGGAUAGUGAAUGCAGAGGCGGGACGUGCGAAUAAUGGCAGCAGCAAGCAGGAGAUUGGCAGCGGUGAUUGGGCAGGUGGUUGGUGGCUGCGGCAAGGCCUUCUGGCGAGUGGCUGUGGCAAUUGGGUGGGUGGGCCGUUGGUGGCAGCGAGCAGGCAGGCAAUUGGCGGCUGCAGCAAGGUGUGCAAUUGGCAGUGGCUGUGGCAAGCUAUUGGCAGUGGCGGGCAGGUGGGUGAGUGAUUGGCAGAAGUGACCUUCCCUACCCCACAGAAAGCUAAACAACUUACAGUGGUGCCUUGCAAGAUGAAAUUAAUUCGUUCCGCGAGUUUUGUCGUCUUGCGAUUUUUUUCGUCUUGCGAAGCACAGUGUCGGGAAAGUUUUGGAAAAGCUUCAAAAAUCACCAAAGUCUUUAAAAACCUCAAAAAAGGCUACCACACAGCGUUCUAUGAGUUGCUUCUCGAAGUCAAGUCGCAACUGUAUUAACGGUGUUAAGAAAAAGGAAACAAACUUGCAAGACGUUUCCGUCUUGCGAAGCAAGCCCAUAGGGAAAAUCGUCUUGCGAAGCAGCUCAAAAAACCCUUUCGACUAGCCAGUUUUUUGUCUUGCGAGGCAUUCGUCUUGUGAGGUACCACUGUAAUUUCUUAACUUUGGGUUUAAAAAAAUAGGGUUCGUCUUAUAAAUGGGGUCAUCUUAUACAUGGAAAAAUACGGUAGUUUUUAUCAUUGUUUGUGAUGGUUCCAGAUUUUAAAUGAAUGAUUUUGGAACUGGGUAUAGAGCUCUCUAUUCAUUUCGUUUCCAUGUACAGUGGUACCUCGGGUUACAUAUGCUUCAGGUUACAUACGCUUCAGGUUACAGACUCUGCUAACCCAGAAAUAGAACCUCGGGUUAAGAACUUUGCUUCAGGAUGAGAACAGAAAUCAUGCUCCGGCGGCAGCAGGAGGCCCCAUUAGCUAAAGUGGUGCUUCAGGUUAAGAACAGUUUUAGGUUAAGAACAGACCUCCAGAACGAAUUAAGUUCUUAACCUGAGGUACCACUGUAUGGGUUUUGCUCAUGCUUAAAAUAAAGCAGGAUUUUUCCCUCCAUUUGUUUUUAGUAUUUCUCUUAUUUCCCCCCCAUUAGUGUUUGCCUAACUUUCACAGCUUCAGCCUAUAUGAGGGUUGUUGUUUUUUACCUUUGAGGGCUUGGUAGGUCCUCUGCUAACAUAUGACACCACAAGCUUUAAAAAGACUACAGUUGCAAUUUGCUUGCAUAGAAUUACCUGCGCCUCUCCACCCCCACAUAUACCUCCUUUGUCUUCCUUACUGAGUAAUAAAUGCAAUGUUGUUUUGCAAACGCUAGUCAUUCAGCAAAUUGAAUCAAUAGAUUUUGUGUUUUCUAUACCUGCAGACAACUUCAGCGAGGCAGAAGAUGGCUCACUCAGAGAGACCUCAUCACAAUACAGAUUACAGACAGAGGGAGAGCCGAUAUAUUGAAGAAAGAAAUAGGAAACCAUAUCCUUCAAAUGGAAGGUAAGUUUAAAAAAUGAAAAUGGGACACAGUCAGGAAGCAGGGAGCCAAAUAAUGCACAGUAUGUCAUAUUUCUCCUACUCUUUGGGGUCCAUCAUGCCACUUUAAACAGCCGUGGCUUUCCCCCAAAGCAUCUUGGGAGUUGUAGUUUGUUAAGGGUAGUGCAGAUGGAGCUGUCUUCAUGGGUGAUUUCCAAGCCACAAAAGGCGUCACCAUGGCGACAGGGAGUAACAACUCAUUCCAGUAUCUUUCCAUGCAUGACAUUAUAAUAGUUCUGAGUACUGGGAAAGGAUGGCGUUGUUAUGAACGAAGGUGACUUAGGCUGCAGUCCUGUGCACACACAUAAAUUGGCACUCGCUUGUAUUUUUUGCUUCCUUCUUAUGAAGGAGUGGCUGAGCCAUUUGAGAACAUUCCAAUGCAGCACAAUACAAAGUCAUGGGUAUAUUUUGCUGGCUUAUUAACAUUCACGUGAGUGUCCAUUUAGAUGUAAAUAGUCUACUUCCAUGGGGGAGGGGAGGGACACUGAAUUAUGCCCUCCCUCUAUUUACAAUCCACUGAGGUUGCAUUAUUCUAAAGCAUUAGACUUUUUAAUAUAUUUAUAUUUUAUUUUAAUACAGUGGUACCUUGGGUUACAUACGCUUCAGGUUACAUAUGCUUCAGGUUAUAGACUCCGCUAACCCAGAAAUAGUACCUCGGGUUAAGAACUUUGCUUCAGGAUGAGAACAGAAAUCGUGCUCUGGCGGCACGGCAGCAGCAGGAGGCCCCAUUAGCUAAAGUGGUGCUUCAGGUUAAGAACAGUUUCAGGUUAAGAACGGACCUCCGGAAUGGAUUUAUGUACUUAACCCGAGGUACCACUGUAUAUGGACGCGGGUGGUGCUGUGGGUUAAACCACAGAGCCUAGGACUUGCUGAUCAGAAGGUUGGCGGUUCGAAUCCCCGCGAUGAGGUGAACUCCUAUUGCUCGGUCCCUGCUCCUGCCAACCUAGCAGUUCGAAAGCACGUCAAAGUGCAAGUAGAUAAAUAGGUACCGCUCCGGCGGGAAGGUAAACGGCGUUUCCGUGCGCUGCUCUGGUUCGCCAGAAGCGGCUUAGUCAUGCUGGCCACACGACCUGGAAGCUGUACACUGGCUCCCUCGGCCAAUAAAGCAAGAUGAGUGCCACAACCCCAGAGUCAGUCACGACUGGACCUAAUGGGCAGGGGUCCCUUUACCUUUACCUGUAUAUAUAGAGAGAGAGAGAGAGCGCGCAAGCGUUUAAAUGAGGCAAUUUCAAAGUCUUCCAGGAACUCUCUUUUCUCUGGAAAUACAGCCAACCACCAUGGUUGUUGGGACAGAGCUCACAUUUGUGAUCACUGUCACUCUUAGUUUCUGGAGCAUCUUAUUUUCUGGCAUGUGGCUCGUUUAAAAGAGGGAGGCACCUGCAUUCCUGGUGUCCAAGGGAUUGCUCUCUGUUUAGUAGAAAGACUUAUAAAUCACACAGCUUAUGUUGUACAGCUGUUCAGUGCACAAGACAAAAAACCUAAAGGUCAAGGGGCGGGGGGAGGAAGGGUUACUGCCCCGCCAGACUUUAACAUCUUGGCACCUAUGCCUACAACCAAUUGAUUAAUUUGUUCCUAUAGAUCAUAUUCAUUAGAAGAGAAAAGCUAGCGGCAAAGUGGGUGAUGCUUCUAAUUUGUGACAGUGUAGCUCGUAUGCAGGACCACGGUAAUUAAUGUCUGCUGAUUACAGUUGCAUUGGUGUACUUGUAAUUCUGCCAAUGAGAACAGAUGAAUGCAAAAGAGCUAGGACUGGAAAAUCUAAUUGAGUGAAUAAAUGAUGGCUUAGGGUUGGAAUAAUAAUUAAAAUAAGAAAUCCGAAGAACAUUAAGCGAAAGCCAAUAACAGUCUGGCAGUGUUAAGGUUGGUAAUUCAGUAAACUUUGAAAACAAGUUUGCAGGGCUGUAGUAACCUAUAUGUAGGGAUGCGGGUGGUGCUGUGAUCUAAACCACUGAGCCUAGGGCAGGGGUGUCAAACUCAAAUUGAUCGGGGGCCGCAUCAGCAGUUUGGUCACCCUCAAAGGGCCGGUUGUAUCUGUAGGACUUACAGUAUAGGAGAGAAGGGUUCAGGCAGCCGUUGGAUCUGUCACAUCACAGGAUGGCAUGCGCUCAAUAUAAAAACAAGUGGAGGUUUCCUGAAUGCAUGUAAAGUGGAGGUUUCCUGUGUAGAACAGCCGGCGCCGCUAGAGGGCAGACGUUCUCUGGCUUGUAGGCUGCCGCGCAUGCGCUGAAGAGGCAGCUUUCUUGUGUCCAAAAAAAAAAAAGUGAGAAUAAAAGGUAAAGGCUGGCGGCCGGCGGCGGCUACACGGGCCACAUGACGAGGUCUGGCGGGCCGGAUUCGGCCCGCGGGCCUUGUGUUUGACACCCGUGGCCUAGGGCUUGCUGAUCAGAAGGUUGGCAGUUUGAAUUCCUGUGAUGGGGUGAGCUCCCAUUGUUUGGUCCCAGCUCCUGCCCACCUAGCAGUUCGAAAGCACGUCAAAGUGCAAGCAGAUAAAUAGGUACCGCUCUGGCGGGAAGGUAAACUCUGGUUUCCGUCAUGGUGUUCUGUUGUGCCAGAAGCAAUUUAGUCAUGCUGGCUGCCUGACCUGGAAAGCUGUCUGUGGACAAAUGCCGGCUCCUUCAGCCUGAAAGCAAGAUGAGCGCUGCAACCCCAUAGUCGCUCCAGGGGCCCUUUACCCUUUCCACUAUUUAAAACCAUAAGAAGUGUUCGGGUGUGUCAAAUCUCCACUGAAAGGGCAUUCCAUAGUGUGGUGCCAUCACUGAGAUGUCCCCACUCUUUGCUACUGUCCUCUCGGUGUUGGACAGCAGAGGAUUCCAGAGCAGGGUUUCAAACAAUAAAAGGGAGGGAACAUAUGGGAGAAUCUAUGAGCUUGAAAAGUGGCGUGGAAAUCACUUUUAAGUAAAAUAAGUUUUAAGAAGGCGAUGCUUAAGGUAUCAGUUCUUUAUCCUUCUCCACCUGUAGGUCACCAGAAGGAACAACGGAAAAUCCUAGAUAUCCCACAGCUUUUGCAGACCCUCACCAAAACAACCCAGGAACAGUUCGGGAAUAUGUUGAUUCUUCACCACCGUUGUUUUAUCCUCGAAAAGAGACUUUUUCUGAGAAGUGCUCAAACCUGUGUUCAAGAAGAGGUAUGCAAACAUUUGUCUUACUCUACUCAAUCGCAUCCUUUGAUCCACAAAGUUGUUUAAAGAGGAGUACAAGUGGAUCUUUUGUUGGGGGAGCAGAAGGAAUAAGAGGUUUCAGCUUUCCCUGAACUCUUCCUCAGGCAGAACAAAGAACAGGAGGAGAUCAAGUAAUUUAAAUUCACAGCUUGCAGCCAAAUCCAAUUUUAUAACAAAUGGGGGCACUUACUGGCCACACCUGGCUAGCAAUCUCCUAGCAUAUCAAAUAGUCAUUGAUAAAGGUUUAAAGAGCCGCAGGUUUUCACAUACAUCUUCAGUGACCCCAGGGAGUCAAAUGUUUCAGUUUUUUCCAUUAUUUGGAGAAUCCAGCAUGACUACAUAUUUCAGUGCCCUUGCUGAAAGGAUGGUAAUCAUGAUACUCGGCUGAUUUCAUUUCUUGGGAUUAAAUAACAGUAUGUGUCCCCUUUCCCAAACUCCUAGCCAAAAGUUGUAAAGGCAAUGGAGAAUGAUACCUUGGCCAUCCACAGUCUGUUUUUUAACAGUGUUGUGUGGUUGGCUCCAUUGCUUGGAGACAGGUGCUCAGUCUGAAGCUAUGAAGCACACCUUUAAAUGUUUACCUUGGAUUACGCACAGCCGAAUUUACUCAACAUUCAGUUUCCAGCACAGUAGUCAGAUUUCAUCAUUUCGUGACUUGUGUUUCCUUCUCAGCACACAACACAAUUUAUGAGAUUGUGUCGUGAGUUUGUAAGCUUGAGAGAACCUUUAGGGUACUGAUUCUCCACCCUGCACCUCAGCAAAAUGAAUUAUCAUGAGUCUCUUACAAAAUUCACCUCAUAUGACUAUUUUAAAUAUCUCACUAGAGUCAUUUCAGCUUUGGAUUUUGCCAGUUAUUUUUAGUUCAUGCAUUAAAUUCCAGCCUUCCACUCCCUUGGCCCUUUUUUGAAGUUUCACCUCAGCCAAAGUGAAGUUCAGCUCCCAGCAGCAGCUGAAUGUCGGCAUUUUUUGUGUGUGGCUACUCUUCCCUUGUCAGUUCGCUAAUGUUAUAUGACAUUAAGGCAUCUCGAGCUUAUAUAGCAAAGUGGAGUUUCCUGCAGCUCAUUCUGAGCUUAUUACAGGCAUUUGGGCAUUAUUUCUUGCCCUCUCCCAAAAUUCUCCCCUUUGACCUUCUCAAGGGAAGCAAGAGCUGCCCAGUCUUGGGCGUAUUUAUUUACAAGUGAGUUCCAUUUGUUCAGUGGAACUGCCAACUAAAAAGGCUUGCAGCCUUGGCUUCUACCCAGCAUGCUCACUUGGCAGGAGGAACUAAAGAGAAUUACAAGCUGUUUUCUGUUUCCUGCCCCCAUCCUACCCCAAUCAAGCUCUCCCUUGGGCCCUCAGAAGUUGUGGUCAUCUUUUUUUUAAGGAACAUAUUCAUCUUAUUUGAUAUUAGUUGCCUUGCGAUCAUCCAAUACCAGGGCCUGCCCAAUAAAUUUUGCUGCCUGAGGCAAAUGGCACCUACACCCCCAAGAUCAAUUGAGUUAUUCUGGCACCUGAUGAAAAAAAUAAAAAUCCCACAACCCCCUCUCCCCCACACCCCUUGCUAGCAGCAACAAUGCACCAUUAAUAAAUUAAAUAACUACUUAAAUGUACUGCCCUCGUGGCACCCAACAUCAACUGCCUGGGGAAGAUGCCUCACUCUAUCCAAUGACAAAUAUUAAGCUUUACAGAAACACCCAUAAGGUUGUUUACUGCAGGGUAGAGGUAGAUGGUAGCUUCUCCUCUUUCUUCCUCACUUCCAGGAGAGUGGACAAGGUGGGGUGAAAGUAAACGAGCAGGCUUCUUUUUCACUGUCAAAUACUAAGAAUGUAGUGGAUUGGAUUCCUAGAAAUUCCAACCAGCUGGGGAGGACAACUCCUCUGAGUAUUUAGGAAUGAAUGUCUAAAUCAGACCUACCUGACCCUGAAGCAGAACAAAAAGCAGUUGAAGUGUGGAUUUGGCAACCUUUUGCGAUAUGGUAGCUGCUUAGGGUGCUUCCAGACAGAAGUGGAUUGUGGGACCAGUGCUCCUCUUGCAUGGAAGUUUUUUGCAGCGUCCUCACAAUGUUAUUGGUAUCUAAAUACCAGCUUGUCUUUCCUUCCCCAAUCCGGAUUUUCCCUUAUGUGGAAAAUUUAUCAGAUAUUGUCUGCUAUACAUUGUCUGCAAUAUCAAACACCUGUCUCCUGGAAGCAGCCUUUAUGUCAUUGGAGAGCAGCUGCAACCAGAGAGGAGUUAUCUGAUUUGGUAAGCAUUAUCACAUUCUCAUGACCAUACAGAAAUGUGAUGUUUGUCGUAGGCUGCAGUACAUGGGACUAACUUCUGAGCACACAUGUAUAGAAUUGUCCUGUAAAUCCGCAUUAUCCAGCUACCUAAUAAAUAGCUCUCCCUGUGGAUAUAAUCACAUAUCAAAUGGGUAAGAAGACUUCUUUGUGGUUAAUAUGAGACUUUCCUUGAAGGUUCAAUCUCCAGUUGUUGUUGUUGUUGUUGUUGUUGCAAUCUCCAGUUGUUGUUGUUGUUGUUGUUGUUGCUGCUGCUGCUGUUAAUAAUACAAAAAAUGCUCCUCCAUUGGGCCCUUCCAGAUUAUUCACUCACACACACACACAAGUGCCAGCUUCCUUGCCAUUCUUUCUUCACAAAGCAAGUACCUUGCUUCCUUGACCACGGCUGUUCCCUGCCUUCCGUCUUCAGUGUCCCCUGUGUGCCCCCAACAAGGGCACUUCCCAUUUGCAAAUUAGCAAGUGACUAAAUUGAAUCCCAUCAGCAAAUAAAAUUAGGAUAUAGCUAUAAAGUGAUUUCCCCCCUCCUUCCCCCAGGAUAUGCUCAUGCAUUAAUAAACCAGCAUAAAUUCAUAUGUGUCUGAAAGCUACUCUUCCCCCCGCUUAACAACCAGAACAUUUAAUCAGAAUCUUAAAGGAACUGGAACAGAGGUCACACUGCCCUAAGAAGUGGUGCCUCCUUAUUUUUGGGAUCAAGGUGCUGUGUCAAAACUAACCAGAUCUCUGCCUUGAAAAAAAUAAUCAAAUUCUGUGACUGGCAAAUAUAUGAGAAUGAACUGUUCAUAUAAAUACUAUGUGCAUGUAUCUGCAUUUAUGGGUUUUGUUUUUGUUUUUUAAUGGAGUUAGGGAAACAUGCUAGCAAAUCUGUAUAUGUAACUUAGGAGAUAUUUCCCUGCAUGUAGAAAGCUUUUCUUAUAUACAUGCUGUGCUUCUUCCCUUGUUUUGUUUAGUUUGUGAUCCACCCUCAUAGGGUACUAGAUGGUUAUGGAAGGUAUGGAAAUGUUGUUGUUGUUGAUGACAACAACAACAAAUAAAUAACUUUCAGAGUUCUGUAUCUCACAGGCAUGUAGCCUUAGCUUUCUACCCUUUGUCUCCUGCAUUCCCUUUGUUGCUGAUUUAUGCCCCUUCUCCCUUUACAAAGCUGCAGAAAUACGGCUCUUCCUCUCCCAUCAUCUCAGCAAAAAACAUGGUCCAUGCCCUGAACAUCCCUUUCCUAGAUUUCUGCAACCUUCUCCUAUCUUGUAUUCCAUUGCAGACACACCCACACACCCCUUCAUCCCAGUACAGUGUUCAGGGGCAAAAAGAUAAUUCAACUAGCCUAAUAAUUCAACUAGCUGCUUUUUAAAAGGGAAUUGAAAGGGCUCUUGGAUGCAGAAUUUUCUUUGCUUCUUCAAUUUCAGUGAAGAAAGUGCUCUCUCUGAGAGACCCAUGAAUGCUGCCUUUAGGUCUUCUGAGGAAAGCCAGGAUAUUGUGAAAAUAAAUAAAUAUUGCUUCCUCCAUUCCUUUUUGAGCACUGCUCCUCUGGGGUCCUCCCUCAGGACCACAGCUUCAGCGCUUUCGGGUUUUCCUUUAAAAUCCUCUAACUUCCACUCCUCAGAGCACACAGUAUCUUUGUUACUUCUCUCUGAUGAAUCGGGCAAGUGUUUUGAUACUGAUAGAAAUCGCUGUGGGGUGAAUAUUGGAACUAUUGUUACGGCAUGCUUCGGCCUUAGUUGAACUCAUCUUGAGCUGGAGGAGCAAACAAGCCCUCCGUUGGAUUCUGUAACCUUCAGGGAAGCUAGCAUCAGGUCUUGUAUUUUAGGUCAUUUCAGAUUGCUUGGGAUUGUAAGCAUUUCUGUAAGAAUACAGCUGACAUAAUCUUGGAUCCGGACUAAGGCUGCAAUCCAAAUGCCCCUUAGUCUGGGCUAGUUUUGAGUGGAGACAUUCUUCUGCUUGCUUCACCUGCACAGACUUUCUGGCUAAACGUGUAGGAAGAUGGAAGCCUUGCCUUCUAGUAAGGGAUGCUGUUCACAGUUUUGUGUUCACACUUUGGGGAAUCGGCCUUGGGAGAAAAGUUACAGGGAUGUGAGAAGAGGCAAGGACAAAGAGUCAGAGUGGAAGAAAUCGAGGAGACCCCAUAACUCUUGGGACUCCAGGUAAAAGAGAAACCGAACCACAUUUCCUCUCACCUGAGGCUCAAAGAAGUAAGAUAGGGCAACACGCUGGCUGGUUGCUAUUGGUAGCCUCACAUCCCUUACCGCCCUCCUACAAUUUAUUUUUAAGAUUUUCCUUAAACCUUACAUAAUGUGAAAUGCACUGGCCAUCAGUGUAGGCUGUUUCAAAACAGGGGUUAUGUGAGCAGCCAAUAAUCCGGCAGCUGCAUUUUGGACCAGUUGAAGCUUCUGAAAAGUCUUCAGGGGCAGCCUGCGUAGAGUGCAUUGGGAUAAUCCAGCCUGGAGGCUACCAGAGCAUGGAGAACAGUGGCCAAGUCACCUCUAUCCAAAGGGAUCCAAUAAGCCCAUUGAGGGCCACGAUGGAGGAGCGGGGUGUUUGGGAGAUGACCUCAGUCGCGUGCAACAGCACAUACCUGAUGUCAGCUGGGUUUGCAUUUAGCUAGAAUGCUCACUUUAGCCUUAUUCACUUGGCUGUUUUAGAGUGGAAAAAUCCCCCCUCAGUGUGCUGCUAUAUAUAAUAAUAAUAUAAUAAGUACAUCAAACUUGGCUUACAUUUUCGUUACUGCUUUGCGACCACAGUAUUGUAUAGGUGUUUGCAAGUAUUGCCAAGCAACUAAGGAGGAUCAACAGGAACAUGGGCUGAGGACCUACCCUUCUCCGUAAUAUUAGCACCCUGACAUUCCUGCAGACCCGUCUACCCAGAAUCUCUGUUUUGGACUCAAGCAUAUAAUAAAAAACAGCAUCUUAAGGCAGUGGGCAGUGAUUGAACCUGGUCUAUACUUAGGAAGGUAAAGGGACUCCUGACCGUUAGGUCCAGUCGUGACCGACUCUGGGGUUGCGGCGCUCAUCUCGCUUUAUUGGCCGAGGGAGCCAGUGUACAGCUUCCGGGUCAUGUGGCCAGCAGGACUAAGCCACUUCUGGCGAACCAGAGCAGCGCACGGAAACCCCGUUUACCUUCCUGCUGGAGAGGUACCUAUUUAUCUACUUGCACUUUGACGUGCUUUCGAACUGCUAGGUUGGCAGGAGCAGGGACCGAGCAACGGGAGCUCACCCCCGUCAUGGGGAUUCGAACCACUGACCUUCUGAUCGGCAAGUCCUAGGCUCUGUGGUUUAACCCACAGCGCCACCCGCGUCCCUGGGAUAAGUAUAAAAAGGAGGGUAGAAACUUAAGCUGGAGGAAAGGAGUCCGAUUGGAUUUUUUAAAAAAAGUUUCCCUUUUUAAAAUACAAAAAUAAAAAUACCCACUGCUCAAGUUGUAGAGAACUCAGGCACAUCUGUGAAGGUACGCAGGCAAACAUUGCCCUAAUAUGAUAAAACAAACCAAGCGACUGACUGCCUCCUCUCACUUUGUAGCAGCUCGUAUAAAUAAAAGACAGGUUUUGCAAGCUUCCUCCACAAAGAGAAGGCAGGUACAAUUGACAUUUAACUUCUAGGUGGUACACUUUGUUAAGAAUCUCUCUGCGAGAGAUCAAACUCUGCAGACCUUCAGGGAAGCCAGGUUUCGUAUUUUGGGUCAUUUCAGAUUGCUUGGGAUUGUUGGCAUUGCCUACGCAUUUCUGUAAGUAUACACAAGCUUGCAUCCAGACUAAGGCUGCAACCCAAAUGCCCCUUACUCUGGGCUAGUUUUGAGUGGAGACAUCCUUCUGUUUGCUUGUGUCAUUCCACCUGCGCAGACUUUCCGGCCAAACGUGCAGGUAUUUGGGAGCCUCGCCUGCGAGUAAGGGAGGCUUCCUCCACAGGAAGCAAAACACAAGGCAGGUACAGUCGGCAGUUAGGUGGUGCGAGAGAUCAAACUAUGCAGCAUGAAAGUGUUACUCAGGGUAGACAUUUGUUUAUCCUAACCUGCCCCCAAGUGGCCAAGUAAUUAAUUGGUAUCGCUUUAGGGAAGCCUUGGUCAUUUAUUUGCACUAUGCAUAACUGCAUUUAAAACUUACUUUCUGCAGCCAUUGAGUCUUCCUUUACAUUUAAGGAGGGGCAUAGAGUUAUGUCAAUUAGCUUUCCGCACGACAAAUUUACAGGGACUUUCUGCUGGUUUUGCUCAGGCUUUUCCAGCUUCCAAACUGCAAGGUUGUGAAGUCUCCCUGGGCACAUUUCUCCCAACAUUCAGAAGAUUAAUCAAGACCUUCAAUGAGUGUCUCUUCUAAAGACAGUGGUAGUGAUUUCUUGCCUCCCCCUCCCCACUUUUUUUAAUGAUAUAUAUAUGUUAUGUCUCUAAGUUGGUUGCAGACCCUCCAAGUGUCCCUGUUUUCCAGGGACAUCCCAGAUUUAGAGAAGUCAUCCUGGUUUCUGAUUUGAUCCUGUAAUGUCCCACUUUUCCUUAGGAUGUCCCUAUUUUUGUUGGAGGACAUGGAGUUAUCCAACCCUGAGCCUUCUGAAGGCAGCCUUGUAUAGGGAAGGUUUUUUUUAUUGUUUAAUGUUUUAUUAUGUUUUUAUGUAGGUUGGAAACUGCCCAGAGUGCUGGGGCAGCCCAAUUAAGAUGUGUGGGGUAUAAAUAGUAAUAUUAUCACUACAGAAUGGGACAUCCCUAUUUUCAUCACAGAAAUGUUUGAGCGUAUGUGGUUGCACAACAGGUAAAUAGUUACAUUAAGAGAGAGGCCUUUAUUAUACCAGACUAAUGGGGAAAGAUUGCACUUGUGCGUAUACCUAACCCCUUCUUGACACCAGAUAUUGUGUCUGGAGUACCAAGCUGCAUUUCUGCAACUAAACCUAAGUGGAAAAAUAUCCACAGUCAAAGAACUUGGUCUGAGAGCCAGUUUGGUGUAGCCGUUGGAAGCGUUAGUUGAGAUGUGGUGAGACCAGGGCUGCAUCUCCACUCAAUCAUGAAGCUCGGUGGGCGAGUUUCGGCCAGUCACUCUACCCAACAGGGUGGUUUGUUCAUGUUGUUGUUGUUGUUUUAAAAGUUUUUUGUUGGGGGUUUCUGUGUUACAAAGCAAACAGAUAAGCAGGGGACAGUACAUCCAUUGUCUCCACUUUCAGUUCAUAAUCUUUUUCAGUUCGUUUACGUUUGGUGAGAGAAAUUUUUGUCAUAGACUUCUUGCAGUUGGGGGAAAGUGGGAUUGAAGGAGAUAUUGUUCUUUUGUUCUAUUGUCUAUUCUUAGUGUAGGGAGGGUUGUGUCAGCAUCACAUGGUGGGUCCUUUGUGUAAUUAUUUAUUUAUUUAUUCAUUCAUUCAUUCAUUCAUUUUUAUUGAUAUUGCAAGAGGUUAGGGGUUCCCAAUCUUGGUUGGUUGUGUUUAUAUUACAGUGGUACCUCAGGUUACAGAUGCUUCAGUUUACAGACUCCGCUAACCCAGAAAUAGUACUUCAGGUUAAGAACUUUCCUUCAGGAUGAGAACAGAAAUCGCUUGGUGGUGGCGCGGCGACAGCGGGAGGCCCCAUUAGCUAAAGUGGUGCUUCAGGUUAAGAACAGUUUCAGGUUAAGAACGGACCUCCUGAACGAAUUAAGUUCUUAACCCGAGGUACCACUGUAUGUCCCAAGGUUGUGUUAUAUUGAUUUGUAUGCUGUUGCAAGGAAUAGGUCAUUGCCCUGUUGUGCUGCGUGUGUAAUAAAGGGGAACCACACUGGGGUGAAGGCAUGCUUCGUAGCUUGUCCCAGUGCUAGUUUGAGUUUGUUGGUUAACUUUUCUAGUAGGGCGGUUUCCCAUACGUGGUCUAUGUUCACUCCUGAUAGACCCUUCCAGUGUCUAGUUAUGAUAUUUCUAGCUGCUGAAAGUAAGUGACUUAAUGAGUUCCUUGUAGUGCGCUUGUGUGUUGUUGGCCUGGAAGGUAUUUAAUAGGCAGUCCUGGCCUAUGUUGUACCAGCAUUGCAAGGAGGCCUAAGCUAUAGCACCUUCACAAACUCCUAUUGCUGAUUUACUCUUUCUGGCACAGUAGGACAAAAAUAACUUACUAAGAACACUCCUCAGAAUAAUGGAGGUCAAAUGUACUCAAGUCCUGUUUUAUCAGUGUUUGGGGGGGGGGGAGAUGGCUUAAUAUUUGGGCCUUACGCUCUGGCCUCACUUGGAAUCCCAGUGGGUGCUGAUUCAGAGCUCCUGGCAGAGAUCAUUCACUCCACCAAAAAUUGUUUUGGAAGAAGUUCUUAAAUGACUUCAGAAGGUCCUCUGUGCAUCCUGGUUUACUGAAGUUCUGCCACUGCAAGGCACGGUAACCGCCUCGAGUCCCUUCCAGCAGCUGGGAGGACUGUAAGCUUCGUACUAAAAAGACUCUUCAAAUUCUGUACAGUGUGCUAGCAGCCCUGAUUUGAUUCCCCUUUCCUUCACUCUCCUCUUGUCUUGUUUCAUGGUAGGAGCACUCUCAUUUAAGAUAAUCUGGACUCUGGAAGAUGUCAAGAAGCCAAACAUAACAGCAUUAAAACCCUAAUCGGGACUCCUACGGUUGUCAACCCAAUGCCUUGGGGGGAGCCCACAACCAUGCGAAGAUGAAGGCAAUAACCCUUUUUUUGUUGCUGUUCACCAGCGACUGACAUGCAGCCUUGCAGCAUAUAGGCAAUUAUGGCUUGUAACCAUUGAUGACGGGACGUGGGUGCGCUGUGGGUUAAACCACAGAGCCUAGGGCUUGCCAAUCAGAAGGUCAGCGGUUAGAAUCCCUGUGAUGGGGUGAGCUCCCGUUACUCGGUCCCUGCUCCUGCCAACCUAGCAGUUCAAAAGCACACCAGUGCGAGUGGACCCUUGGGGUCCCUUCCAACUCUACAAUUCUAUGAUUUGCUCUAAAUUGGUUCCUGGUUGUUUCUGAGCCCAGUCAGUCCCUUUAACUAUCCCAGUUACAACCUGUUAGGGAUUUAAAGGAUUGCCUUCUCCCGCACAAUACCCUGAAUCCUCCCAGUCUAAAUUGCUAGCACAUUUGUAAAGCUAAGCAGGGCCUGGUAAAGUUUCAAACUGGAUGGGGAACUGUUGAGAUUCCUGCAUAGCAGGGGGUUGGACUAGAUGACCCUCAAGUUCCCUUCCAACUCUAUGAUUGGUCAAGAUCCUUGGAGAAGACCCUAUUCUCUAUCCCACCAGUGGGUGGGCAUAUGGAGCAGCUUUUUCAGAGGCAGCAUCCACACUGUGGAACCACAAGGCAGCUUCACCUCAAUGAUUUCCCUCCUUUCAACACUUGUGAAAACACUUGUUUUGUUUUUGCUAUGUCUUUAGUAUUGGUUACUUUUCACACCCCAACCUGGGCUGUAUGUUAUUUAAGCGGCCAGGUCUGCAAUCUGCGUUUUCUCUGCUGUUUCCGUGUUUAACUGUGGCAGACUGGGUUGCUUUAUUUGGGUUUGUUUGUAAUAUGCUGCUGCUUCCCUGUCCUUUUUUGGGGGCGAGGGGGGAGUAAAGUACAUAAAAACUUCUUAGCCAUUUUAAAAAAUAACACUGUUAUUAUCCUAUGGUGGAAGCUUCAAAAUGGCCAUGCUCUCUUGUGAUAACUGCAGACGUUGCAUGACUAAAUGCAGUUGGCUGUUGAUGGACGAAUGGAAAAUUUUUACAAGAGCUACCAUUAUUGUUACAGAUUUGGCUCAGGCGUGGGUCUCGUAGGAAGGACCCCAAGACAAAGAGUGUCUUAUGUAGUGAAGCUGUUCCAUGGCUUGUGCACUUUUGUAUCACUGGUUUCCAAUAGAAAGCACCACUCUGCAGCCUGACCUGGAAGGCAACAAACUCCCCUUCAGCAGAUUAUUUUAAGUAGAGGCCAGAUAGUUACCUAGCAGCUGUGGUGGCGCUGUGGUCUAAACCACUGAGCCUCUUGGACUUGCCGAUCAGAAGGUCAGCGGUUUAAAUCCCUGCGAGCUCCCAUUGCUUGGUCCCUGCUCCUGCCAACCUAGCAGUUCAAAAGCACACCAGUGCAAGUAAAUAAAUAGGUACUGCUGCAGCGGGAGGGUAAAUGGCAUUUCUGUGCGCUGUGGUUUCCGUCACGGUUGAAAGUGAGAUGAGUGCCGCAACCCCAUAAUUGCCUUUCACUGGACUUAACCGUCCAGGGGCCCUUUACCUUUUUUUACCUUUACCUUUUCUUAUCUUCAGCCGGUUGAAUUAUAUGCCAUUGCAGGUCUCUUCUCCCAUAUUACAUCAGAGAGAAGGCUAGGCUAGAACCAUCUUCCAAACAUCUACCUUGUUUAGAAUAUGGGCCAGUUUUCCAUUAUAAAACAACCCUUCCAACUUUAGUAGUACAGGUCAGGAACAAUUUUACCAUGUAAUGAGCUGUGAGUGCAAUCCAAACCUGAGACCCAGCUACGCUGCAGAUCCCAGAAACCUUUGUGCGCUCCGGUAAAAUGGUGGGUAUUUAUCUAUCGGUAAUCAGUCUGCAUGAUUGCACUUGAAUAUUUGACCAAACUGGAUUUAUAUUUUAGUCUUAUGUGUGGUUCAGAUUUAGUGUUAACAUUACUGCACUGAUGGCCUCGUUGCUUGUGCCCUUUAUUUUACAGGAGGGUUUUGAUGCUUAAAGAUAGCCGAUAAAUAAACACACAGACAUGAGUUUUUCUGCAGCAAAACUAUUUAGAGGCAUGGAUGGAUUUAUACAGGGAAUAUUAACUCUCCCCUCUCUUUCUCUGCAGGAAUCUUGCAGUUUGUUGAAAUCACACUUAACAUUUUGGUGCUGGUCUGCAUAGGAGCAGCUCAGGCAUCCAUCUCCGGCUUCACCUCCAUGGGAGGCCUGGGCUCCUUCAACAUCAAUUCCGCCUACAGCCCCUUUGAAGGGGUAGAGCUGCAAGAGGUGAGGGACCUGGACAUGCAGUUCAACCAGAUGAGAGCUCCUUGCGUCUACGGCGGCGUGGCCUUCAGCCUAACGCUGCUGUGCCUUACCAUCCUCUUCCUCGUCGCUGGAGGGAAGCCCAUCCAUCGCCUCACGGUUCGGUUGCUCGUCACGGAAUGCGUCUUCGACGUCCUCGCUUGCCUGGCGUACAUAGUGGCCGUGGGCCUCUACCUCCACUUUGUCCUACAAGUCAACGCGACGGAGGUGUGCAAGAAAAGAGAGAGGCUUUACGCCAGGAGAGGCUACACAUCCAUGAACUGCAGCGUGCAAGGCGGAGAUGCUUCCGUGGCUCUUUUUGGCCUCCUGGUGGCUUGCCUGUAUUUCGCAAGCACUGUGGUCUGUUUCCUCACCAUUCGGAGCGUGCGGGAGUUCCAGAGGCAGGCGGCGAAGGUGCAGUACAGCCUUGAAAGGACCUACAGCGAGGGAGACCAGCACAAGGCCUACAAGAGGCCAGAAAGCAUCGACGGGGCUAGGACCUUUGCCACCCUGGUGUAG